AUAUAUAUUUUUCCUUAGUUUGUAUAUUUAAAAAAAAAAAAGGAAUAAUUGUUUGAAAGAGUAAGGAGCUGUAAGCAGGAAGGUAAGAUUUUUUUUGUGUAAUGGUGGUAUAAUCAACCAUUAAGUGAUCAGCUCCAUCACUCACUUUUUUUGUUACGUGUAGGUCAUGUACUUGUCCAGGAUCAGAUGCUUCCUGCACGCUGCUGUGUUGACUCCCUGAUGCACUUGGGCAUCACACUGAAAGAUUGUUGAUGUGGUGUGAGGAGAUGCAGGAUGUGAGGAGUGAGUACUCUGCAGGCUGAAGCUGAUGAUGGAGACCAAAGACGAUUUCCUCACAUGACAAGGUGUGUGACCACAUCCUGCCGCUAGGGUGCAGCAUCAGAUCAUCUGAUCUUGUCUGCGUUGGAAUGACAGGUGUGUUGUGCAAUCGCCUCCAUUGGCAGGUACGGUUCAUGCUGUUUUUUCCCUGUAUAUACUUAGCUGAUAAUGCGCACAUUUUAUUUUUAAUUUUUACCUAAAUGUUUCGACAAUGUUAAAACUUUAGGACACACUAUCUGUUGAAACCCUGCCGGAUUAUAAACCUUGUAAUCAUUUAAUAUAGCAGCGCCCGCGGUCCAUUCAACUGUAUCUUGAACAACUGAUUGUUUUCAAACUUGCAUAUGGGUACAAAAGUUUGUAAUUACCUACAAAUGCCACAAGAUGACGGAAAGAAACUUUAAUACACAAGACUAUGUAGGCCUGACACAAUGAAGCUUCUCCCUUGACUUCAAAAUAGUUGCGUGGCCACAAGAUGGCGCCAAAGCAAGAGUUUUAUAUUAGACAUGGCAUUUGAGCACAUAACUAGCCAAUAUUGUUUUUUGUUUAAGUGGACAGGUUCACUGUACUACUUGAUGGAAAUCUGUCAAGGGAUAUAGAAAGGAAGUGGCUGAGACUAGAUGAAAGUAAAAGGCUGUAUGGAAAGUACACGCAGUCGGAGGUAAAGUGUUUUCCCGUGAAAUGAUUGACAUGUCGCGGUAUCCAUUUUUAGCCUAGGUACGUCAUAUGGCCGCUCUUGUUCAUCUCCGCCUCAACCCGGCUUACACCUAGCCUGCUGCUUGGGCUCAUGUUGCCGUGGCGACGUCUACAUACCAGACAUUUAUGUCCGACCUUCUUUUCUGUCUACUGUUGCUGUCCUUUGACCCAGAUGACCCGGUUUGAGGCGCUCCUUAUAUAGAAUCACACUGUAUAAGUGACACUUUUCUGUUCCGUAACCCAUUUUACGCAUUAAUGAAUAAAAGCUUGAACAAGUUUGGACAUUAGUACAGUAAAGGAACUGAUGUGUCAUUGGAGCAGGUGAUGCAGCAUGUGGCUCGCUGGUGGAGCCCCGAGACCUUUGCACAAGUGUGGUCACUGCUUGUACAAUGAAGUGGCCUUUUGUAAUUCCACAGGUGAGGCCGUACAAAACAUUCCCUGCCAGUGCGGCGUCCAUGUCAGGAGGUUUUUAAACCAGCGCACAUCUAAGUGUUGCCAUAGCAAAGUCUCCAGGGAAACAGCACUUUAAAUGCAGGGAUGGACAUGCCAAAUAAGAGAAGCUGGAGAGUGGAGGACGGGGAGGAGAAAUAGAAGGGGGGGGAGAAAAGUUGCUCAAAUUGAAAGACAGCAGGUGCAUCUACGCUUAUUCCAAUGAUACGCUCACAAAACGCUUUAUGAUCUCCUAUGAGAGCAGAUGUUGUGAAAUAUUUAUUUCGCAACGUGUUUGUUUAUUAUUCUGCUUGGAGUUUACGCUGACAUACAUAUAUAGUAGUAAGGAAUGCUUAUUGACUGACAGCCACAAUGUGAUACCUGAUUUUCCCAUUUUUUUAACAAUUUUCUUUACAUUUUUUUUCUUUGCUACUCACAUAUAUUCAGUGUGUGUGUGUAUUAUGUAAUCCCAAAUGAUGUCCCCGCAAGAUUAGAAAAUAUAUAUUUGGUUAUUUACAAGUUGAUUUAAAUCCAAAAAUGUGCGUCGUAAUUGUCCUCAUCAAAGCUGUCAUUGUGUUGUGUGCGGGAAGGAAAUACUUGACAUGCUCUAAGAAUAGGUAUUGUUGCGUGUGUCACACAAAUAGACAUGGCUCAAGCUGAUUGGUCACCCCGACUGUGGUGUUGCAUAUAUAAAGCUCGCACCCGGAGCUCCGCGCCGCACCGUGCUAAGCGCUCAUUCUCAUCACACCUGUGGCUGGCUGCAAGAAGCAAGAGGAGCCCAGAUCAUCUGUCGUUUUCCCCCCAUAACAUUCUGCAGCUCCAGCUCAUUGCACUGCCGCUCACGCCCACGCGGCCCGCCGUCCGGGAGGUGGGGCACCAUGUGGGUUUUGGAUAAGAUCCGCGGCUCGGUGGAAACCGGCGUGCUGCGGCACGGGGAGAACGAUGACAAUAAAGGCGCGGCGACGCCCUACUCUAACGUCCUCACGCCAGACAAGAUCCCGGACUUCUUCAUCCCGCCCAAGUUAGUCAGCUGUCCUCCCGAACCCGAGACAGUGAAGCCCAAGGAGGCCUUGCAGCCUUCCACGUCGGAGCAAACCAUUAGCGGCGGGAGGAAGAUCAGCGGCUCCAAAAGUCCCCGUCUGGUGGUCAAAAUGGUGGGAGACACAAAGAACCUCCUAAAGGCGGCCAACCGCCACAUCAUUCAGAUCGAGAGCGCCGACGACGUCAUCGCCGGGGACACCAACGCUGACCCCCAGUCACAGACCGCCAUGUCUCUCCCCUACGUGCCCAAGACCCAAACCUCUUACGGCUUCACCACCUUGAAGGAGAGCCCCCACACUCGUCGCAAGGAAUCGCUCUUCCACUGUGACAUCACCAGCCCCAUGACUUCCCCCAACAGCCAGAGGAAGACCCCGGGCAAAGGCGACGGAGCCGGGGGCGGAGCCGGCAACCACCUGAACCCGGCCGACUUCAACUCCUCCCACAUGAACCCGUACCGCUACUUCAGCGGCGGCGAGAGCGACACCUGCUCCUCGGCAGAGUCGUCACCCUUCAGCUCGCCGCUACUAUCUCGUUCGGCCUCGCUGCUCAAGAUCUUCUCGCACGAGACGCAGGCCAAGGUGGCGAAAGCCAAGCGCUCCUUCGCUCGCCACAGCUCCCUCUCCACCGACGACUGCAGCUCGGCCGAGCCCAGCCCCUGCGUCCAGCGCCGGCUGCACAUCCCGUCCUUCCACUACGGAGGCGCGCCGGCUCCGGAGCACGGCUCGCAGCGCGAGCACACGGUCAACCUCCACAAGAGCGGCAGCGUUCGCAUCAGCGCCCAUUACGACGCCGGCACCUCCCGCCUGCGCGUCCGCGUACUGGCGGCGGAGAAUCUCUACGACAAACACUUUGACAUCAAGAGCAUCAACUGCUGCGUGUCCGUUUACCUGAAACCCGGCAAGAUGCAGAAGCAACGCAGCAACAUCAUCAAGAACAGUCGCAACCCUGUCUUCAACGAGGACUUCUUCUUCGACGGCGUGGGGCCGCUGCAGGUCAAGAACCUGUCGCUCAAGCUCAAGGUGGUCAACAAAGGCACCAGCCUCAAAAGGAACACUCUGCUGGGUGAGCGGGAGGUCCUGCUGAGCAAGCUGCUCUCGGGGGUCUAGGCUCCAAAAAGCAACCAGAAUCCACUCAUGGACCUUUAUGAGUUCUUUGCACUGCUCCACAACUUUCGUGUUUCCACUGGGUCGUACGCUUCAACCCCCCCCCCCCCGGUAGCCAAUGUGUCCCCUCAAGCCAAACAAAUGAGGUUGCCAGGUAUGGACUUCCCCCAAACCUUCCCCCCGCCCCUCACAGCGCACAUCACUAUGUGUGUCUCAUGCCCUGAUUUUGAUUGUGUCACGCCUCGGCCACAAGCUGUGUGUGUCUGUGCACAAAGACGCUUUUGUGAGGGCCCCCCCCUUGUCCACCUUCCUCUGCUUUGAUGCAGCUCCACGUCCUGAUGUGCAAAUGAUGCUUUGAUCCGGGCGGAGGGGAACAAACAAGCAAAAAUAAAUAAAAUAGAACGACAAUGCAAGUGUAGCGUUUUGCAUGGCAUGAACGCUUGCUUAAAAAUAUUGCGCCAAACCUUAAAGCCUUACAAUUCUUUACCGCACUACAUUAGGUACACCUUUAGCAAAACAAAGCUACAAUUUUUUUUUUACCCUCCCUCCUAUGGACUGAUUGACUUUUUCUGUAUGAAAAGCUUAAAAAAAAUUUUUUCCAACCUUCCCCAUAGACGAGGCUAGGACAAUUUAGGGGAGAUUGUUGUCACUCGCAGCCAGUACUUACCAGCAAUUCCUGCAGAUCAUUUGGUGAUGCUUUUGGCUUAUUAUUAUAUACUUAUUUAAAAACAGAGUAAAAGUCUGAUCAUGCCUCACAAUAACAUGUAAAAUCCUGAAGAGAGAUUCAAAUCAGGUUAGCAGAUGUGCUAAGCGUCACUAAAACAAGUUCAUUCUUGGUUGCUACUGUACCUAAUGUUUUGGCCACUGUGUGCCUGUAUGUGUGUGUGACUGAGAUGAGCAUGACGUUCAGUCAAGAGUUGUUCAUUCUCUAUGUGUAAUGAACGCAUGUUGUUUAAAAAAAACAAGUAUGUUCUGUUUUUCCUCCGCUUGUGCUAGUGACGCACCGGCAUGUUGACAGCCAGCGUUACAUCUUGGCCUCACUCGCAUGCAACUAAAUCCGUAAGUGUUUUGGAGCAAAAACAGAAAAAAAGGAGCUCACGCAAAAGCUUCUAUAGAAAUCUGUACAGCUGAUGUGACUCAGUCUUGCAUACAAAUAAUUCAAAGUCACAAGGUCAACCAGACAGAAUUCUAAUCUGGUCGUUUGCAGUAGCGGAGGUGUGUACGCCAAUGUAGGGUGUGCGCUACUCCUGUGAUUUAUUAUUAUUAUUUUUUUUAAGUGGGCCUCUGUUUGACAAGUGAUUGGUGUAACUGUUGUAGCAGAAAAAGUAAGCAAUUUAAUGAAUUAAAAUAAAAACA